ACUUUAGAAAUUCACUUCCGCUUCACUCUACCGUCGGAGUGUUGUCGAGAACGUGUCUUGAGUUUACCAAUUUCGUAAGAAGCUCUUACGCUUUAAAUACUCGUACUUCAACAGUACAACUUAAACUUCUCGACUGUAGUAAUGAGUCUCUCAACCAUGAAGCGCACGACCGCCAGUGUCGUCGGUUUGCUUUGUCCUCAUUACACCGUUCAAAAUGGAGUCGCGGACAAGUGCUUUAUGGAAGACAUCGGAGCGCCCUCUGCAGCUCCAAACGCUGGAUCUGGAGCAAAGUCGAUUGGCUUGAAAACCGAAAAUGAACUGGAUGAUUGUUCUGACGAAGUGGAUAGUUCACCCAGAGUCUUAUUGCCUGAACGAAAAGCGUUAGGGUUUGAUAGUGGUUUUCACAGUUCGGAAGACGAUGGAUCUUUGCCCACAUCUCCGGACUCUCAGCCCUGUAGUCCAGAGUUCCCUACAGGAGAAACUGAACUCAUGCGAGAAACGAGAGAACUAAUUGUUGAGUUUUAUUUGAGUUAUACGGGUCUCUCGCGAUCAGAACGGCGUCCACACAAAGCAAUGGGAACUAUGAGGAAGGUCGUAAACGACGUUUUAACAAAGCACGAGAUUGCAUUCAAAGGUAUGGUGAGGAGGCUGGAUCUGGACCACCUGGACGAUAAUAUGUCCUUUGUGACGGAUGUGGCUGAGAGUACAUUCAGCGACGGCACCACUAACUGGGGUCGUAUCGCCACAUUAGUGGCCUUUGGGGCAGUGCUCAGUGGACACUUGAAGGGGGCUGGAAGGCCAGAGUGUGUGGAAACAGUGUCUAACCAGAUCUCCUCAUACCUGGCCCUCCAGAAGUAUGACUGGCUCAUCAACAACAAUGGAUGGCAUGGGUUCAGAGAUUUUUUUUAUGAGGAGAACCCUGAAUCUGUGGUGAGAAACACCCUCAUGGCAGUGGCAGGUUUCGCCGGCCUUGGAGCUGGACUGGCCUUUCUGAUAAGGUGAAAUGGACUCUUUACACAGCACCUGUCCAUCCUUGACAUUCACAGCACAGCACCAAGACCACAGAAAUGCUGGGAUCACAAGGGAAAUGAAUAACAUCAUAGAUGUGUCCGUGGGAAUAUAUAAUCUCUGUGAGAUUUGAAUGCCCAUUUGUCCCACACCCAGCUCCUGUGCGCUCACUGUGCCCCAGGCAGCAGCAGCUACAGAGAGGAGACCGUCUGCCGUAAAGUCGAGCUCGCCCUGAGGAAUCGAACGCUAAGUUUGUGUUGAUAUUUGUCCUUAGAAAAUUUAUUUUUUAUAUAAGUAAAGAGUUUAAAAGUAUAGUUUUUCUUAUUCAUCCCCCCCCCACCAAAUCUCCACAGUUGCAGCCAUCUGUAAUGAAGAGCCUGAUGUUAGUUCAUGCAAGUGGCAGGCUUUUAACUGGUCACUCCUGGAUGAGUCACAGGGCCCUGCUUGUAUAAUCACUCGCACCAGUACAUGCCCUCCAGUCUAUAUAUGGACUGAGGUGAGAAACACAACUUUAAUUCAUUUAUGGGUUGCGGCACAUUAUGCUUCGUUUUGUUUGAGUGGAUUGUGACUUAAUUGAUUCUAAAUCACACACCUGAAAGCGGAUGCUGAAUAGCAAAAGAAACUCCAAAUAUGUUGAAAAUUAUUAUUAUAUAUAUAUAUAUAUAUUUAUAUAUUUUUCAGUAAAAUAAAAGAGUUUAUUUUGUGGAA